AUGCUGGCGGCGGCGGCGGACCGGGGGCACCGCCCGGGCUCGGCCGCGGGCGGCGGCUCCUGGCUCCUGCCGCUGGCGGCGGCGCUGGCGCUGGGGCUGCUGCUCACGCUGGUGGUGCGGCAGCUGCUGAAGCAGCGGCGGCCGCCCGGCUUCCCGCCCGGCCCCGCGGGGCUGCCGCUCCUCGGCAACAUCCCCGCGCUGGGCGCGGAGCAGCCGCACAUCUACAUGCGGCGGCAGAGCCAGAUCCACGGGCAGAUCUUCAGUCUUGAUCUCGGAGGUAUAUCUGCUGUUGUACUGAAUGGCUAUGAUGCAGUGAAAGAAUGCCUUGUUCAUCAGAGUGAAAUCUUUGCAGAUAGGCCGUCUCUUCCCUUGUUUAAGAAGCUGACAAACAUGGGAGGCUUACUGAACAGUAAAUAUGGCAGAGGAUGGACAGAACAUCGCAAAUUAGCUGUAAAUACCUUUCGAAUUUUUGGAUAUGGUCAAAGGUCCUUUGAACACAAAAUUUCAGAAGAAUCUGUGUUUUUUCUUGAUGCCAUUGAUACAUACAAAGGCAGACCGUUUGAUCUUAAGCACUUGAUAACAAAUGCUGUUUCAAACAUUACUAAUUUGAUUAUUUUUGGAGAACGUUUUACUUAUGAAGAUACCGAAUUUCAGCACAUGAUUGAGAUUUUUAGUGAAAACAUUGAAUUAGCUGCUAGUGCUUCCGUGUUUUUAUAUAAUGCUUUUCCUUGGAUUGGUAUCUUACCAUUUGGGAAACACCAGCAGCUGUUUAGAAAUGCAGCUGAAGUCUAUGACUUUCUUCAUGAUCUCAUUGAACGUGUCUCUGAAAAUAGGAAGCCUCAGUCACCUCGACAUUUUGUAGAUGCAUAUUUAGAUGAGAUGGAUUGCACUGAAAACGAUCCAGAAUCUACAUAUUCAAGAGAAAAUUUAAUUUUCUCUGUUGGAGAACUCAUCAUAGCUGGGACAGAAACCACAACAAACGUUUUAAGAUGGGCAGUGUUAUUUAUGGCUCUUUAUCCGAACAUUCAAGGGCAAGUUCAAAGAGAGGUGGAUCUAGUCGUUGGCCCAAACAAAAUGCCCACCUUUGAAGAGAAAUGCAAGAUGCCAUACACUGAGGCGGUUCUGCACGAAGUUCUGAGGUUCUGUAACAUAGUUCCUCUAGGCAUUUUCCAUGCAACUUCCAAAGAUACUGUUGUGCGUGGUUAUUCAAUUCCUGAAGGCACCACAGUCAUUACAAACCUCUACUCCGUUCACUUUGAUGAAAAGUACUGGAGCAAUCCAGAAGUGUUUUUUCCUGAGAGAUUUUUGGACAGCAAUGGGCAGUUUGUCAAGAAAGAUGCAUUUAUUCCUUUUUCACUAGGAAGAAGACAUUGUCUUGGAGAACAACUAGCUCGAAUGGAAAUGUUCUUGUUUUUUACUUCAUUACUACAACGAUUUCACCUGCAUUUCCCUCAUGGAGUGAUUCCAGACCUCAAACCAAGAUUAGGAAUGACAUUACAACCACAGCCUUACCUCAUCUGUGCAGAGAGACGGUGAAGAGAAAGGUCACGAUUGUCAGGUGGAGCACAGUGCUCCAAGCUGCAGCUAAAGAUCCACUUGGCCUUCUAUUUCUAAACAUGUUCAUGCCAGAAAGGCAACUUAAAGGACUUGCAGAUAAAUUCUGGCUGUUUAUGCACAAUUAAAUAGUUUCUUUUUACUUGGUUUUCACAAAAAAAGAAUGGAACCAAAAGUGUGGAACACAUCCUGUGUAAAACUGAUGUUUUCACUACACAGGUCUAUUUUGAAUCUAACUUCUGAUAUGGUUUUUAUAUAUUUAAUUACUUAGCAAGCCAUUUUACUUUGAGAGGAUAUUUUUAUAAGCGUGGAGAGUGUGGUUCAAAAUGUUUAUCCAUGGAAAUCUCAUUUACAUUAUUCUUUAUAAUUCUUCUUUAAGUUUUCAUAGCUAAAAAGGUUUAAAAGAUAUCUGUUUAAAUUUCUGUAACCAAGAAUAAACUAUCUUUUCCAGCCUUGACAGAUUGUCUAUUAAAGCAUUUUAAUCCUUCUUUCUCCUUGCUCUGUAUUCCUAGGUGGUCAUAAUUUUCUAGUGAAUCAUGUAACUGAAUUCACUUUCAGGAUCUUUUAUGACUUCCUUCUCAUUUAGCAAAGGACAAAAAGUGUUCAAUUAUUGCCAUAAUCCUGACAAUUACAGGAAUCUUUUUUGCCAUUAUGUUGCAUUUCCAGACACGUGUCCUCCAUUGCCUCCCCACACGAAGCACUAUGUAAUGAUUAAUCUCUGCUUAAAUAGUCUGAAAAAAAACCCAGUGUUUAUGUUACCAGUCACAUGUAACUGUACUAUGAGCAGAGAAAAUAACCUGCUCAUCGUUCUGACCAGAAAAGAGAGUUUUUGGGGAGGGAGGUUGGGAUAGGAUGGAGAGAAACACCUUAAAUGCAUUUUAAGCACAAAUAUUAGGUGUAGGAGCUACUCUUGACUUCUGCCAGCUUCAUCUUCUAUUCUUGACAGCUUUGUGGUUAUUGGUAGAUAAGAUUUGUGUCUGCAGACCCUACAGGAGAACCAGAUACUCUAAAUACUGCAUGUUUUGUCCCUGCCAUGUGGGGAGGGAGGGCCUCAGAACAGGGUUCAGAACAAAACACACACUGAGCAAGCUGCUAUUUGAGGACAA